AUGACCUCUCAAGACAAAGCAAACACAUGGAAAUACGGCGGUGAACUUGCAUGCAGCCUUACAUCCAUGGUCCCACCUGGCGAUCUGGAUCCUUUGGCUGCGGAGCUCUGCAAUGAAAUGGAAGGCCGGCCGGCUGAUGGCGUUGGUGGCCCCUGGGCCACGGCGCGGCUCGUGCGAGCUUUUUGCCAUGGCCACCUCCCCAGUCAGACGUUAAACCUCCUGCGACGUCAGCGGGCGUUCAUCAACUGCGAGCCUGCCGACUUUGUGAUGCACACAGGUGGAAGAGCAGGCCGGCGGCCGGUGCACGAUUUGAGCAAGGCUUGGAUCGUGCGUGUGGCAGCGCUCUUCUUGGGGAAGCCCGGAGGCGACAGUUGGGAGGACGAAGACAGGGAUUUUCGAUUCCCGCAAGUCGCCCUGGAAGGGGUUUCCAAGGCUGCGCUUCAACAAGCCUGGAAGCUCGGGCUAGUGAUCGCCAGUGCCGAAACAGAAGCUCAUGAAUGUCGGCGUCAGCACGUGGCAGGCAUGGAGCAGAAGCAUGAGUUACUGGACCACCUUGGUGGCGAGCGCCUGGGUGGAAUGACAGACGUUGAGAAAGUGAAGCUUACGGAGAAACAGGAGCCGUUGACCGCAGCAAAACUCCCCCGAUGGUUCUGGGACGACCAUGACGAUCCGGACACUUUGCGAGCGUGGAAGUUCUUUUUCAUUCUCAGUUGGCAUGAGCUGCCGGAAGACUUCCUAGAAUUGGUUCGACAGGUGAUCACGCACAAGGGCUUGAGCGAAGCUGGUGUGAACCAUCAUUCGCUAUUCAUCCUGGCUCUGAACACAGUGUCUGGUGAUGAUGUUUCCCGAAGCCAUCUUGAAGAGGCCUGGGUUGGAAUCAAGAAGGUCUGCGAGGAGGACGUCGCCAUGGUCGAGAGAAUGCUGGUCGAAGCCGGAGGUGAAGCAAGGAAGGGCCGUGCAGCCGCAUUUAGAGUGACUCAUAUCAGUGAGAAGGACGUGCUCAAGUUCCAGCGGCGCCUGGUGGUGAUCCGGGCAUCUCCCCGGGUGUUAGAGGUUUAUCGUCUCAGCUACUGA